UGAGACAUUGAUUUCAAAUAUUGAUAGUGAUUUCAUUGAUCAGACCAGCUUGAAAUAAACAUUUUUAAAUUACAUUUGAAACAGUAGUUGGUGAAUGCCCAGAAAGAGCCGGCAAGAACUGCAUCACUCAGUUCACUAAACUUGGAAGAGAGAUUACGAUAAAUACAUUUUGGAUGGAUCAUUUUUGCUUGGAUCUUUAGCAUUGGAUAAAACAACCAUGUCUAAGUGCAUGAAGGUUGGACUUGUUGUACUAGCAUUCUGGAUGACAAGCAUAACUCUAAUCUUUGCUAACAAACAUUUAGUGGGAACAAAAAAUACAGACCAAGAUAUCUCAAUAUUUGUAUCCUGGUUCCAAGCAUGUGUGUGCGCAGCUAUCGUGAGUAUUGUCACACUAGGAAGACACUCUUGCACAAAAAAUCCACAGAAGUCUUUGAUAUGCAAAGACAUUAUUUUAUCAAAGGGAAUGCUGAUUGCAUCAGUGUAUUUCGUUGGAGCAACCAUAUUCAACAAUCUCUGCUUGAAACAUGUGGGCGUGGCAUUUUUCCAAGUUGCUAAAUCAUUUACUUUGAUUUUCACGUGUUUAUUCUCGAUGGUGUUGCUUAAGAAGCAUUUGACUUGUCGAGCCUGGCUGUGUUGUUUAAUGAUCGCAUGUGGCUUUGUACUGGGCAUUGACCAGGAGAACUUAGUUGGGGCGUUAUCGCUAAGUGGGGUACUAUAUGGACUUUUCUCCAGUAUAUUCGUCGCUCUUGUUGGGAUCUACACUAAGAAGAAUCUGGAGAUGGUCAGUAAUGAUAGCCUCCAGUUGACUCUCUAUAUGAAUUUAAACACCAGUCUUCUCUUCUUGCCGAUUGUUAUAGUUAGCAAGCAGGGCUACACUGUCAUCGCAAGUGAUCGCUUUGGUGAUGUAUGGUUCUGGUUGUUAUUGAGUGGAGCUGGUAUUCUGGGGGCAAUGAUGGCUUGGAUCAGUGCAUUCCAGAUUCACAUCACUUCUCCCGUGACACACCACAUCAGCGCUAGUACCAAGGGUAUCGUUCAGACCCUGAUCGCAGUCUCCUAUUAUCGUGAACAGAAGGCGAUCCUCUGGUGGCUGAGUAACAUGCUUGUGGUUGGAGGAGCUAUCUUAUACACAUACACACACUAUAUGGAACUACAACAGAAGAGCCGGAUCAGACUAAACCAUAGUAAAUCCUGUGCUGAUAUUGAAAAUCUUGGGACAGACAAUUCUCAUGUUCACUUUCAUGAAAACAAUAACAAUGUUAUUUCAAACAUGUUGGACUUGCAAUGUAAGAGAGUCAACAAUUAUUUCUCAAAUGGACAGUUAGCAACAAACAGAAAGAAAUCAGAAUCAGACACUUGAUGAAACAAAGUUCCUAAAUUCUCUUCUGAAUUAAAAUCAUGACUGUCUCUCAUGAUCUUGACAUUCUGAUAGCACACCUACUGA